AUGGCUUUUUUUGUAAACAAAUUGAUUGUUGUCAGCGGUGCGGCUUCAGGAAUUGGCCGAGCAACAGCUAAGCUUCUCGCUAAGAAUGGAGCUUUGCUCUCCCUCUCGGACAUCGAUGCUGGUCGACUCAAGACCGUGAAAACUGAGAUUGAUCAGUUUUCUCCAGAGAGCAACAGUAUUACCUCAGUUGUUGACGUUUCCUCCCAAGACCAAGUGAGCAACUGGAUUCGCAAUACAGUGGCGCACUUUGAAGGUCGGCCAAUUACCGCUGCAGCCAACAUGGCUGGUGUGACGGGGACAAGUCAAGUUCCCGUGUCCGGCCGAAAUAUCAGUGACUCCGAACUUGAUUUUGUUUGGGGCGCCAAUGUACGGGGAGUGAUCAACUGUUUGCGGGCUGAGCUGCUGUACCUCCAGGAAGGCAUUCGCGGACGUGGAGGUGGAGCCAUUGUCAACGCUGCUAGCCUGUCAGGCCAAGUGGGGCUUCCAGGGUUCCUCCCGUACGUUUCUGGUAAACAUGCAGUCAUUGGUAUUACGCGAACUACGACGAAGGAAGAGGGUGCAAAGGGUAUACGUGUUAACGCCAUCGCACCCGCCAUGAUUAAUACGCCACUGCUGGAGGAAGUUGCGAACGGGCUUGGCACCUCACUUUCUGCAGAAAUGUUUGGUGGGGGUUCUUCACCUGCCUUGGGCAGACUCGGCGAUGCUGAGGAGGUGGCAGAGUUGGUACUUUUCCUUUUAGGCCCUCAAAGCGGGUUUAUUAGCGGCUCCGUCAUCAACAUUGACGGAGGAAUGUCUUUUUAG